CGCACGGUCUCCCCAGGGGACUCUACCAGGCCAUGUCCCCCGCCGUCCUCCCUGCCCGCGCGCCGGGCGACAGGUGCUGCGGGCGCCGCCGCUCGCCGCGAAAUGCGAACUACCUGGGCAGGAAGACAGAAAGGAUUGUGUUGUAAAGAGGUGUCACAAUGCCCCUGGCCUCAUAAAAGUUCUACUCACCUUGGCACUCCAAGUAUCUUCCCAAGAGACUCUGAGUGACCCUGGAGCCCCUGACCACCAGAAGUUCCAUCUCACAUCAAGAAACGCCCUGGUCAAAGAUGUGCAAGGACUCACAUAAAUCCUUUGUACCCAGCCAUGGGCCAAAGAUACCAUCAUGCAAAAAAGUGAAGCCUCCACGCCCGCCCCUGUCCUGGAUGUGGAAGCAGGACCAUGAGCAGUCUCUAGCGGCAGCCUAUGUGCCUGUCGUGCUGGACCCUACGGGGAAGAACCCAGACAAACUCACCUUCAAUUUCUAUACCUCCCAGUAUUCCAACUCCCUGAACCCCUUCUAUACCUUGCAGAAGCCCACCUGUGGCUACCUGUACCGCCGGGACACCGACCAUACCCGCAAGCGCUUUGACGUGCCUCCUGCCAACCUGGUCUUGUGGCGCUCCUAGGCCAAUGCCAGCCAGAAUCCCCUCACCCUGCAUCUUGGCUGCUGUGACUGUGGGUCCCAGAGGGGAGAGCUGCUCACAGCAGGAGGAAUGACCUGUACCCAGGCUAGGAGAGCUGUGCCACGGCCCCUGUAGACAAUGGCAAAGGGAGGUCUCUCUUCUUAGUUACAAUUAAAG